AGAGGCAAAUUACAGUUUUUCGUGUUGGAGAUUUUUCCACAUUUUUUUCAGUAAGUAGGUUUUCAUAAAUGCAGUUAAAAAUAGUAUUCAGGCGUACAGCGAAGAAAAGUGUAUGUACAACCCGCAGGACCCGCUAUAUCAUAAUAAGAAUGCCAGGAAAGAGAAACUGGCAGUGAUAGGCAGUAAAGUUCGCGCACUUUUGCCCAACGCAACAGAUGAGGACUGCAGAACUCGAUUCAUGUCUCUGCGGUCGCACUUUUGUGGGGAGCUUAAAAAAAUUAGAGCCAGUGAGCAUAGUGGUGCAGGGGCAAGCGAAGUUUACGAGCCUGCUGUGUGGUGGUUCAAUGCUUUGAAGUUUUUGAAGGACUACGUGACACCGAGGAAAACAGUGACAAAUAUCCCAAGCCGUAUCAUACCCCAGUCACUCUCAUCAAAUCCAUGUAGCACGACCACUCUCAAUGACCCUUGUUAAGUAUUUACCUACAUUUAAAUAAAAGUUGUAAAUAGUAAUUGCAACAAGUGAAUAACACAUCAACUAUUUCAGAAUACAGAGGUGACCACAGUUACUGAAGA